AUGUUAACCUUCUCAGUCGCUCUGUGUUGUUGGUUGGUUCAAGUGGAGUUGGUCUGUAACCUGUUGAUUGUUGGCGGAAUAUCUCCAGUUUCUCUUUUAUUUACUGUCAGGGACUAGCAGAGUAUAAAGAAGACAGGAGUUAAAUAAAGUUAAGGAACAUGGCUGGUGCUGAUGGUGAUUUAUAUGACUUUGAUGCUCCAAAGCAUUUCUUUAACCUAAAUGAGAAUGAUGACCUCGAAGUGGACGAGUCGUAUUUUGACUGCCCAAGAAGCGCUGAAGUGCUGAGGGACCAACAGCAACCAGUGUUGUCAGCACUUCCUACAACAAUGGAAACACCCAAAAGACUACCCAAUUCCUCUCCUGCAGUUAACAAAGAGACAAAAAAAAUUCUAGACAAAGACUGCCCAAUGGGUGUCGAUAAGCAGCCUGUGUCACCACCACAAGCAAUUCCCGUGGACACGCCAAAGGAGCUUACCAAUUCCUCUCCUACAAUAAAAAGUGUCGACAAAGAACACCUAGGGAACAAUUCUGCAAGGAAAAGAAAAUCUCCAACACAUGGAAACCACCUUGAGGACAGAAUCCCAAGCAUUGGUAUAAGACAAUCUCCAAGACUUGCUGCAGUUGCUAAGGCACUGAAGAGGGCUAAAGCUGUCCGAACCUCCCCUGGUAGUGAAGGUCAUAACUCGCCUGUUAAGCUCAACAGUUCUCAACCAAACAGAGUUCAUAAAUCUCGCACAUAUAAUAAACCAUCUGUGCCCAAAGUCCAUGGAAUGAAAGGUUUAUCCCCCGAAGACAAAAAAGACUUGGAUAGCAUUGCAAUAUUCAAAAACAAAUUAUCAGAAAAUAAGAAAAAAUCUGGCCAGAAUUGUUGCACGGUACCAAAAGAGUUUCAGUUUGCCACUACCACCCGCAUAAAGAGUCCUGCUACACAAAAUGAAGAGACUCGAGCGGUUGAUUUUGCAAGAUCUCUACGAUCAAGCACAGCAACAGCUCACGACAAAGAAGCACCAAAGGGGCCAACAAUUCCUCAACCGUUCAACCUGACACUCCCUCGAACGGUGAAGGCGGAGAACCACAAUACAUUUUUUUCUCUUGCUGAGCUGAACCUCAAGUUCUUCACCAAGACUCCACAAAGGUUCAGGAGUAAAAGAGCAGGAAGUACAGAGGACUUGAACUUGGAAGGAAAAAAGACAAGAGGAAAUUCAGGAGUUACCAUCCCUCGCACCCCAAAGCUCAGCGCCUGUGGCCGCACGCGACAGAUGAAUUACCUAACUCAUGAAGAGAUGGAGCAAAAGGCAUUUGAAGAAGCUCAAAAGCAUUCAUUCAAGGCCCUACCAGUUAAUAAAAAGGUGUUUGAGGCUCCUUCCUCCAGUUAUCAAGUGGAAAAGAAACUUUCAACUGUUCCAGAACCUUUCGACAUAACAGAUUCUAAGAAACCACAGCCGCCAAUUGGUUUUAAAUACCAAGAAAUGCGUGAUACAUUAGGAGGCUCUGCUUCAUCAUUGGCAUCCAUUCCUCAUGGUGGUAUUCCAUGCCUGUGGAACAAAACAUCCACCAAGGUUCAACCAUUUAGUUUCGACACCCAAGACAGAACUAGACAGCAACGCAAGCAGCAGAAGAUACAGAAGGUUCUGGAAGAUGAAAAGAACUUGGUUAACUUCCAUGCUCAGCCAAUGCCUAUUUUUGAAAAUGGUGUAUGUGGAGUGCCUCCCAAGAAACCUCCAACUCCUACCAGAGUUAAACCCUUCAAUUUGAACAUUGACCAGCGUGGCACCAACAAGCAAGAACAGUAUCAAAGACACUUAGAGGAACAAGCCCAUUUAGAUAAGGAACAGCGAAAGUUUCUGGCACGUCCUGAUGCAGUUUUACAUAAGAAGCCAUUUAUUCCUGAAAAGUCGAAGAAACCUCUCACUGAUAUAUCGACAUUUACUCUCAACACUGAAGUGAGAGCUGUUGAUCGAAAUGAAUAUGAAUUACAACGUAAGAGAAGAGAAGAUGAAAUUCAGGCCGCUAAGAGAGAGCAAGAGGAGAUGCAGGCAGAAGAACAAGAAAUGUUAAUAAAAAGAUUGCGUCAGGAGUCUGUCCACAAGGCUAAUCCUGUCCCGAAAUUUAAACCCAUGGUUAUUGAGCAUGGACAGCAUCCACCUACUGUCCCUGUAUCUCCCAAAUUUGCAACAGAGUUACGACUGCGAUCACGGACAAGGUCAGAGGCAAACUCGACUAUGGACAUUUCGUCAGCUACAUUUGCAGCACAGUAAAACUGGAGCUGAGGAGAACUAAAAAUAUUGCCUCCAUCACAAAUGUGAAAGAUUUUAUUAUUUAGAACAUUUUCAUGACACGGGAAACCACCAUUUUUAAGUGGACACCUCAGCAACCAAAAUGGAUCAUACUAUGUUUUUACCCCUUCAGGCAUUGUGGAAUUUAUUUAUUUGGAUUAGGCAGUUUGAGUUUUAAGUCGACCCUUUUCAUGGGAUCUAUUAUAAGUACAGUAGGAUUAAUUUUUCUCCCUGUAAUAUUCAUUUUCCUCUAUCAACAGGAUGCUGUAUCUAAUAAUCUUGCCAUUCUCUGUUUUAUAGUAAUUUGAUUAAAGCACACAAAUCAGAUGAGAUUAAAAAAUUAUAUUAAUAAAUAAAUACCUUGAAAAGUUUUGUCACAUUUACAGUAUAUGCCCUUUUUUUAAACCUCAAGUUUGGAUGGUCAUAAUUCGGGAUGAAUGAGGCAUUUAAUAAUCUAGCAGAUAUUUGAAGCCUUUUGGUUUAAUGAUUAUAUAUUCCAUUUGUGUCAUUUAUGAAUAUUAAUGUUUAAUUUCAUAACUGAUUUAUUGUGGUUUACUUCAAAACUUAUUGGCUUUUUUGCAUUACUGGUGGAUCAGUUGUCACUGUCUUGGAGUUUAGCAUUGAACAGAACUUAAGUAUCAUACCCAUUAUGUUAGUUGUGUGACAAGUUAAUGGGCUUGACAAUUGAACCAGUCGUUUGUUCAUUAAUUUUUAAUAAAUUUAUAUAUAACAUCUUUUAUCUUUGUUUUUAAAUAAAAUGUGGGGCCUAAUUUUUUGGUGUAUAUUUUUACUCCUCCAAAAAUUUUUGCAGUAAAAUAUUGUGUAAAUUUUUUUGCGAUGUCUAAAAAUGAUGCUACAGUACUUGUUAUAGUAAGUUGUAAUGCAAUAGCAGCACCAAUCAAGUGAAAGCUUAGUUUUUAAAUACUAGAUCUUCUUUCUCUGUCCUUUAGUAUAACAUUCAGUUGUCUCACGCAUGCUUGAGUCAAGUUCAAAAGUUUUAUGUUAUUACCUGUGUGCGGUACUGUACAGUAUACACUAUUAUUAUCUAGUAAGCCAGGAGCUGUACAGUAUUACAAGGUUUUUGUUUAAUAAAUAGUAAUGCUA